UCCACCAGUUAGCGGUGGCGCUUUGCCCUUUCGUGGUUCAGGACUCAGGAUCGAUCACACGGAUUCCGAUUCUCAGAGAGUUUGAAGCGGCGGUGGAGCAGAGUCAGUACGCUACUACUCCUACACAAGAACACUCUUCUUCUUCUUCCUCCUCAUUAAGAUUGCAUUCGAUUUAUAUUUUGAUAUCGGAAUCCCAUUUAUAUUCUGUUUCAUCUGAGAAACUAGAGCUCUCUUCAACACAGUAUCAAGUAACUGAGUCAAGAAAGAAAUAGUGAGUCUUUUGUGCCCCUGAAUCCAGAAGGGAAACAAAAUGGUGCAGCAGAAGAGCAUACGCACGUAUGCCUAUCUGUUUAUCUACAUUGCCCUAUCCAGUGGCCAGAUCUUCUUCAACAAGUGGAUUUUAUCGUCGAAGCAAAUCAACUUCCCGUACCCUCUCGGGUUAACUCUUCUGCACAUGCUCUUCUCCUCUGUGUUAUGUUUCAUUGUGAUUAAAGUUUUGAAGCUUGUGAAAAUUGAGGAUGGAAUGACUCCAGAAAUAUACACCACAUCAGUCUUUCCCAUUGGGGCAAUGUUUGCAAUGACUCUAUGGCUGGGGAACACAGCCUAUUUGUACAUAUCUGUUGCAUUUGCACAAAUGCUGAAAGCCAUUAUGCCAGUAGCAGUUUUCUUAUUAGGAGCAGCAGCUGGUCUUGAAACCCUGAGCUGCAAAAUGUUCACCAUAAUGUCAGUAAUCAGCGGAGGAGUCAUAGUGGCUUCGUAUGGGGAGAUAAAUAUCAACUGGGCGGGUGUGAUUUACCAAAUGGGUGGUGUCAUCGGAGAAGCCCUGAGGCUCAUAUUCAUGGAGAUAUUAGUGAAACGGAAGGGGCUCAAGUUAAACCCUAUAUCUCUAAUGUAUUAUGUAAGUCCUUGCAGUUUUCUGUGCCUGUUGAUCCCCUGGAUUUUUCUGGAGAAGCCUAAAAUGGACGCUGCUGGAACCUGGAGCUUUCAUCCAAUUAUACUGUCACUUAACUCCCUCUGUACAUUUGCACUCAACAUCUCGGUGUUCUUGGUCAUCACUCAUACGAGUGCCCUCACCAUUCGUGUGGCUGGUGUUGUCAAGGAUUGGGUGGUCGUUUUACUCUCUGCCCUUCUGUUUGCUGACACCAAGCUGACAGUCAUAAACCUAUUAGGUUAUGGCAUUGCAAUAGCUGGAGUAGCAGCAUAUAAUAAUUACAAGCUGAAAAGAGAAGCUUCGAGAGGGAAUGAAACUUUGCCUGUGGACGAUAGCAUAGAUAAAGGUCUUGGAGGAACUCAUACACAUCAGCUACCACGGCCUCGGAGAGUAGAUAGCUGGAAUGUUGAUGAAAUAUGACAAAUUCUAUGGCUGAGGUGCUUUCUGUGAAGGGAAGGAAGAAUUGCUUCAUGCAAAAGCUUUUUGCCUUUUAAGAGAGAGAAUACAUUGGAUUGGUUCCCUGCUGAGGAUUAUGAGAGCAUGGACACAACCAUUGGAUGAAAUUUUACUUCUUGUUGUGAUGUGAAUUAGAUUCUGAAGCUGUUGUUCCAUGGGAAGUUGAUUCAAGGUUGAUACAUGUGUCGAAAGAGCUUGAUUUGCAGUGACUUAAAUUUUUUUUCUGGUUUUAACCCAUAGCCAUAAAGAUCAACUGUUUUGUAUGUUGUAAUUUGGAUCAGCGAAGUUGAUUGGCACAAUGAAAUAGAGAACUUUACUGGAAGCUGCAGCUUCCUGUACUUCACGUGUU